AUGUUUUCAUCUGAAGGAUAUUCCCGAAGUGAAUCAGAUAGACAGGCAUAUUCUUCAAGAGCAUCGGAUCAUUCAAAAGCAAAUUCAGAUACAAAUAGACGCAAUUAUGAGUUGGAUCCACCAGAAGAACUUUAUCCACGCGAUCAAGUCUGGUCUCCACUUCCUGGCUUCCCAGGCUUGCUAAUUGCUGUUGACGAGAAAGGUACUCUCGUUAUUAGUGGUCCAAAAGAGUAUCUUGAUGUCGCACGCGCCCAAAUUAGACAAAUUGUAUAUCAAAAACUCGGAUAUGAUGUUACAAAUGAUAUUAGAACCCUUCAAUUUGAAGAACAACUCUGA